UCCGACUGAACAAGCACUUUGUUGGGUCCUGUUAAACUGCAGCUGAGCCCGAUUUCAUCGUCUGAUCCACGCUCUCGACAUCGCUCGCAGACUGUGGAUGUCUCAGCAAUCAGCAGUCCCAAAGCCUUCACUCCAGGGGGUUCGCACAAAAGUACGCAAAGGCCAAGUCAAAGCACAGGCAAAGCACGAGCCAGCGGUCUUUAGAGACCAACUCUACAAACAUCUUGAAACAGUUCCAGAAAACGAUUUCGAGGGAUUCAGCGCUAAACUUGUACAGGCCGGUGGGACGCUCGAGUAUCUCAAGUAUGCCGACGCCUUGUUUGAGAUCCUCCUUGUCGGCGGGCUCAUCCAGCCGGGUGGGUCAUAUCUCGAUGAUGGCGCGCCCAUGUCGCCAUUCUCUAUUUUCAACGCACGUAAUCCGCCCGACAUCGAAGAGUUGAAGAAGUAUGUCGAUGUGUUUAACAAAUUGAAUCGAAGUACAUCGGUCCGUUGGUCAUCCGAGCAACGCGACAAGCUCGCCAUGACACUUGGUCUUCUUCUUUCGCAGGGCCUCGUGACCGCAGCUUGUCUGCAGAGUUUAACCAAGGAUCACCUCAUCAAGAACGACCAGUCCAUCAAUAUCCUUGCGUUGAUCUUUAGCGCAUACCUCACCGACCAGUCGAUCGAUCACCUUGCUGCGACCCUCAAACGCGGCAAUAUCAAAGAUCUACUCCUCUUCUUCCCUCCAAACAAGAGGGACGCUAAAGUUCUCGAUGCUUUUUUCCGGGAGAAAAAUCUCCCUACCGUGGCCGACUGGUACACGAAGAAGCAAUAUGCGAUCGCGAAAGACGCAAUCAUGAAGGAAUUAAAGGAGGUGGUAGAACGCAGCGAUGAUAGUGAAUCAAUCAUAUCUGCAAUCCAGAGUAAACUAGAAGAGCAGCGGCUCCCUGAGGCGGAGCUUAUACAGAGCAUCUGGCAGGGCCUCAUGGCUUCCGUAGACUGGAGUGCACGCCCUGACCAGAUAGAAGGCCUCGCACUACGUGAGGUCGGGAAAUUUGCCCCAGUUCUCGUGGCCUUCUGUAAAGGCCCCAAAACCCAGGUUGCUCUGAUCAAUAUCGUACAGGUCUACUGUUAUGACGACACACGUGUCAUGAAAGCCUUCCCACAGAUCUUGAAGGUUUUGUACAAUAAGGACUGCGUUUCUGACCAGGCGAUCAUUUACUGGCACCAAAAGGGGUCCAAGCCGCAAGGAAGACAACACUUCCUGAAGGCCACCGAGGGCUUGGUCAAGGUUUGUCAACAAAUUUCCCCUUCCGUCUUAUCAUGCACCAAACUGGUUCUUUGACAGUUCCUUCAGGACCAGGAAGAA